GGUUUCCGGGAACAGGUCGGGUAGUGACACCUGGCUCCUGAUGUAAUUAUAAAAUGCUCAUUCUGGGGUAAUGAACAACGAUGAACAUACAAUCAGGUGGUUGUAAACCGAUACAAAUGUGUGUUAUUAUUUUAGUUUAUCUAAAUUUUUCACACUUGAGGAAAAACAUGUCGGAACUGCCUGUAUCAUAUCAAACACGGACCUAGUUUAGGACGGACAAUAACAAGACGGGGUAGCUGCGGCCUUGCUGUGUAUAGAUGAUAAAUGUAUAGAUAAAUGUGUUAAAUAUUGGAUUAAAACUCGUUGUCGUUCCUGUGGUCGGGGUCAGUAGACUGAUAAAUGGCUGACGCAUCAGAACUCCCUAAAAGCAAAGAAGAGAAGCAAGCUCCAGCUAAACCGGAGGAAGAAGACGACGUCAGCAGUGAGGAAGAGGAGACAGAAGACAUGGACUUCCUGCGUAACCUCUUCUCCAGGACUCUGGGUCUUGACUCAACAAACAAAGUUCUGGAUGAGCUGACUCUGGAAGGUGUGGCUCAAUACAUACAGAGCGGCAAAUGUAAAAAUAUCAUCUGCAUGGUUGGAGCAGGAAUAUCCACAUCGGCUGGAAUCCCAGAUUUCCGCUCACCAGAGACGGGUCUAUAUGCAAACCUGCAGAAAUAUAACCUGCCUUACCCAGAGGCCAUCUUCCAGAUAGAUUACUUUAAAAAACACCCAGAGCCAUUCUUUGCCUUGGCUAAGGAGCUUUACCCAGGACAGUUUAAGCCGACAAUCUGUCACUACUUCAUGAAGAUGUUAAAGGACCAGGGUUUGCUGAAACGCUGCUACACACAGAAUAUUGACACCCUGGAGCGAGUGGCUGGACUUGUAGGAGAUGAUCUAAUUGAAGCUCAUGGAACCUUUUACACAUCCCAUUGUGUGAGUUUCUGCUGCCACAGGGAGUACAACCUGGACUGGAUGAAAGAAAAAAUAUUUGCUGACGAUAUUCCCAAAUGUGAUAAGUGCAGCAGCUUGGUCAAACCAGAUAUAGUCUUCUUCGGUGAGAAUCUGCCUGCCCGGUUCUUCUCUUCAGUGAAGACGGAUUUCCCGCGCUGUGAUCUUCUCAUCAUCAUGGGGACCUCGCUGCAGGUCCAGCCAUUUGCAAGUCUUGUCAGCAGAGUUUCAAAAAGUUGCCCUAGACUGCUCAUUAACAUGGAGAGGGCAGGACAGGCUGAGCCUCUCCUCGGGUUACUUGGUUUUGGAGGUGGGAUGGACUUUGACUCAGACAAGGCUUACAGAGACGUGGCUCACAUCAGUUCAUGUGAUGACGGCUGUUUGGCUCUCGCUGACCUGCUGGGAUGGAAGGCAGAGCUGGAAGAACUGGUGAAGCAGGAACACGCCAGGAUCGACAGCCACGACAAAAAGGAGAAGGCCAGUGAGAGCAGCAACGCUGCAGCCAACAACAGCUCUGCAUCAGUGGCACCAGAGCCCACAAAGAAAGAGUAACUGAUUCAGCACUUCCUUUUUAAAGCCACUGCACCCUAACCCCAGAUUAUUAUAGUUUUGAAGGUUACAAGUGACAAGUGUCUGACACGCUUCAUUUUAAUCUGCUUGCAUUUGAUUCCUCAGAAUCUUGCUUUCAUUAUAUCAGCUGUUUGCACUUUACAACAGGAAUACUUUGCAUACUGGACUUUAUAAAUGUUUUUGCAUUAAGAUAAGAGAGAUGUACAGUAUGAAGAAAGAUAAACUUAAAAAAUGUUUUUUAUUUUGCAGUCUUUUCUAAAAUAUCAAUUAAAUAUGUGAAAAAUGUACAUGGAUUUCAGAUCAUGUGUCCAACUGAUGCAGUUUUGUCACAGCUACCGCGUGGAUCUGUGGAAGGGCAUUCAUUUCUCCAACAGCUUCAUCUGUUGAGUGAUUUGCGAACGUUUUUCAUAAUACAAAAUAAUGUAAUGAUCUAAUAUCUAUAAAAAAUGGUUUUUCACUUUUUUUUCAUCCAUAAAACUUCCUGAAAUGUACAAAAAAAAGUAUCUAUAGUAGUAACACCAGGGAAACCGAUUUUAUAUUAAACGUCUGCUGCUGUUUUAACUCAUUUCUAUUAUUUCUUCAACUCUAUGUUCAGAAGUCUCGGGGAUAUAAUGUCAUGUAACUGCACAUAAUGUACAAAACAUCAUAACUCUUUGCUGUCUGUGGUUCAAAGUUGAGUUUUGCCUUCUCAAAUGUAGGAUCUUUCCAACGUUUGAGAAGAAAAAACAGGCAAUACUGUGGUGCAGUGGCUAGCAAUGUUACCUCACAGCAAAGGUCACUGGUUUGGUCCCAGUUUUACUGAGGGCCUUUCAGUGUGGGGUUUGCAUGUGUGUGUUAAUUGGACAGUGGAUGUUUGCCCUGUGAUGGACUGGUGUGACCUGUCCAGCGUGUGCCCACAUCUUUUGUCCUAUGUCAGCUGGGAUUGGCUCCAGCUUCCCCUGCGUCCCUCAUGUGGAGGAUAAAGUGGUUGAAAUUGAGCGAUUGAGUGAUUUUUAUAGUAAACUUCAGAGAAAAAGACUUAAAAUGAGUCCCUCUGUGUUCAAUUUACCACCAUAAGCAACGUGUUUUAUUGAUUGUUCAUGCAGAUUACAAUCUAAUUGACACUAUUGUGAUACAAACUUAUCCCAUUUACUGAUUUUACAAUAGUAUAAUCAGCAUUGUUGCUGUGAUGGAGCAGGGUGACAUGAGGAGAAACAUGAGGAGAGCAAACUGCAGGCUACAUACCCACAGUGCAGUCGCAUGAGCAGCUGUCGAAACACACUGGCAGAUUUGCAUGUGACAGCACAGCUUCACUGCUGUAUGAGAAUACAGAAGAGCAUUUGUACUGGAAUGGCUUUUUGAUUGAUUGGUGAUGGUGGUUUCAACUGUAUCUGCUUGUAAGAGAAUAUGUAUGUGGUUUUUUUUCUUUCAAUUGAGACAAAAUAACACUGAACAUUAAUAUCUACAGUGUGGUGUAAACACAUUUUCUGCAAUAAAUGUACCCUCGUUAACGUGA